CAAAAAUAAGGAAGUAAACGUUGUCGGUUUAGAGCUGGAGCUCCCUUUGUGCUGUAAAGUAAAAGUAGCUAAGUCGACAGCUCAGCAGCAGAAUUCAAAGUACGACGGCUGCGCUAAGGAAGUUAGCCGUCAAGCUAAUUCUUCACAGACUCCACAUUAGCUCAGAACAAGCCCUGAAGAGAAAACACGAGGGAAGAGGAAGACAGACGAACUUGGCUAUCUGAUACCUUCAAUUUUUCAGCCACCAUGGAGCACAACAGAGAACCUGAGACAGGUUCUAAUGAGCUGAAACAAGAAGAGUUGCCGCAGAUGGACGGUUCAUGUGAUGCAUGCGAGCCUGAUGAGGCCCAGCCAGCAACACAAGUGUGCCCCAUCUGCAGUUUUGCCUUCUGCCCCAUCCAUGCAGACAGACACGCCAGUAGCACGCAUCAUGUGCUAUUGCCCUAUAACCAUGAAGGCACACAGGCUAAUGGUCUUGGCACAAACAGGGACUCCAGAGUUGGAGGCGCAGCUGAGGAUGAAGCUGUGGGAGAGAUGGCAGCUGAAAUGGGUGCAAAUCGUGGGAUGGCACCUCUUGGAGUGGCAGUAGUUAAUGGGAAUGAGAGGGUUGAUCUUGAGGAAGGAGAAGGAGCCCAUAACUCUCCACCUGUGGAAGCAGAGCUCGGCGAGGGAGCUGAGGGUGCAGAAGCAGGGCCAGAGGCUGGGGCUGCUGAAGACAAUGGGAAGAGAAACACUGUGACAGUAGAGAGAUUGCGUUGCAAGGAGCAUGGCCAGGAGGGCUCCCUCUACUGUAAACCUGAUGAGAAGAUCAUCUGUGUGGUGUGUGCUGUGCAAGGUGAGCACAAGGAACAUGAGAUCAUAACUCUGCAUGAAGCCUACGUUUGGCAGAAGAGCAGGCAGGGUUAUGACCUGCUGGGCUGUACACAACAGAUGGCUGAGAAGAUCAAGACCAAGUGGACCAACCCUGAGAUGUCUACUGAGGAACUUGAGGAGUAUGUGAACAGUCAGUUUGAGGAGCUCCGCAAAUUGGUGCUACUGGAAGAGAAGAGGACCCUUCACCUGGUAGACCUUAAAGAAGCAUUCCUCACAGCAUCUGCUGCUGAGAAAAUCGCAGAGAUCACUCUUGAGACUGAAAAGCUUCAGGAGGAAAUGGCCAACAUAACACACCAGCUAUGCCUGCUGGAGCAGGCUGAGGCACAGGCAAUAGCUCCUGUAGUGGCAGUAGAGGCCCUUUUAGCAGGGCCUGGAGCAGCUCACAGAGUGCCGCACAACAUUGAGGCCAGGCCAAGGCUGCCUGAGCCACGAGCAGAGCCCAUGAACCCACGGGACUUUGAAGACAAUGAUUCUGGACCAUCAAUGGACCACGCCCCCUGAUACAAGAAGAUCAGACUCUUAUUACGUCCACCUGUCCUUCACUGUCUGCUUCAGCCAGCCAUCAGCUCGCUUGAGCUGUCAGGCUGGCCCUCUCUCUGUCAGCCAUCUCCCUGGGACCUCCCCCUCCCCUUUCAGUGCCUGCUGGCAGUAAAGUGACCUUGAAGAAAGCUACUGUGACAAAUAUGGAUAGCCACAUCUUUUCUACUCAAACUUUUCUAAUUCCUCACUAGCUACUAACUUUCUUUAAUUGAAGCACGCAAGUUAUGUGCAAUCAAUUACCAUCAGGCUCAAUUUUCACAGCCAGUCAGGUCCUUGGCUUACUGGUGAGCCUGGCUGACUUAGACGGUAGCCUGGGUAGGCAGCCGAGCAAAGCAUCUGUUAAGCCCAAACUGAUGUCAGCAAUAGGAAAUUCUUUGACACGGUGCACUUCACUCUUCAUUUAUUUGCAAUAUCAUUUUGGCUCUGCUGUCUUGACAAACCCUCUGGACACUCUCAGAUAUAAAAAGGGAGCAUUUCUCAGAUGCCACAAUGCCUUAGAUUGUCAAGAGAAUUUAUUGUUCUGGGUGUUUUAUGUUGAUUGUAUAAAAGGGGGGGGAAAGGAAACUGUCAUAUGUGCUUUAUAUCAUCCUGUUGCUUUCACCUUCUCUUUUCCCCACAUCCUCUGCCCUACCCUGUCUCAGAAGGCUUGUAGAUUUGUGCCACUUCCUCAUGUGCUUGUCAGAUUUAUUAUCAAAGGUGGGGGGACAUUUUGACAUCUAUCGAUCGGUGAAUGUUGCUGACUCUUUGUUAGGUGAAAAUUGAACCACAUUUUGCGCACAACAGCUCUCCAGUAGUUAUCACCUUUUAUGUACUGUAAUGUAAAGGCUCAUUACUCCUGGCCAAUCUGCACCGAGUGACAGAUUACAGUCCAGACAAGUGUAUGCACCUCCUACCUUGACCUGCUCAUCCAUACCUUUCAUUUAUGAUGUACUGCCACGCGUCUGUCUGUAUCAGCAGUUUGUUUUUAAUGUGAUUGAUUCUGUUGCCUUAAAUCCACAAUUCAAAGCUUUGUCACCCAUAAUAUGUGGGACAAGUUUGACAACAACAUGACUUCACCACUGUAGCACUACACUAAGAUGCACUGAGCAUAUACCUUCCCAAGGGAAAUGUUGGUGUGUCAACAGCCUAUUGAAAAAACUGAAAGCGCUUUUUUUUUUCCUAGUAUAACAGCACACAGGAGUCUGGCUAUCUGAUGUUUUCACUUGUUUUUAUUUGUCUAUUUUUGUCUUAAAUCUAUAAAUAAACUGCUUGUUUCUUA